CGCUUGUCAGAGGCUGCAGUGUUGUUGCUAGCGCUUUAGCCGCAGCUCCGUUGCCAUGUUACUAACAGCCCAUUAACCCUAAAAAAUACAGCUGCAAGCAAACGUUUUCUGUAAGUAUCCACCUGUGUGGAGAAAAUAAGAAGAUAAAGCUGUGGGCGGAGAGCCGAAAAGUGAGAUGAAAUGACAACGUCAACAUUACAGAAAGCAAUUGAUCUCGUCACCAAAGCCACGGAGGAGGACAAGGCAAAGAACUAUGAGGAGGCUUUGCGGCUGUACCAGCACGCUGUAGAAUACUUCCUACAUGCCAUCAAAUAUGAGGCCCACAGCGACAAGGCAAAGGAGAGCAUACGAGCCAAGUGCAUGCAGUACUUGGACAGAGCAGAGAAACUGAAGGACUAUCUGAAGAAUAAAGACAAACAGGGCAAGAAGCCCGUCAAGGAGGCUCAGAGCAAUGACAAGAGUGACAGCGACAGCGAGGGAGAAAACCCAGAGAAGAAGAAGCUGCAGGAGCAACUCAUGGGCGCCAUUGUGAUGGAGAAGCCCAACGUUAGGUGGAACGAUGUUGCCGGACUGGAGGGAGCGAAGGAAGCUUUGAAGGAAGCCGUUAUCCUGCCCAUCAAGUUCCCUCACCUCUUCACAGGCAAGCGGACUCCCUGGAGGGGCAUCCUGCUGUUCGGCCCUCCGGGGACGGGGAAGUCCUACCUGGCCAAGGCCGUGGCCACCGAGGCCAACAACUCCACCUUCUUCUCCGUGUCCUCCUCUGAUCUCAUGUCUAAGUGGCUGGGAGAGAGCGAGAAGCUGGUGAAGAACCUGUUCGACCUGGCCCGCCAGCACAAGCCCUCCAUCAUCUUUAUCGAUGAGGUGGACUCGCUGUGCGGCUCCAGGAACGAGAACGAGAGCGAGGCGGCGCGCCGCAUCAAGACUGAGUUCCUGGUCCAGAUGCAAGGUGUGGGCAACAAUAGUGAUGGUAUUUUGGUGCUGGGAGCCACCAACAUCCCCUGGGUGCUUGAUGCUGCCAUUCGCAGAAGAUUUGAGAAGAGGAUCUACAUCCCUCUGCCGGAGGAGCCGGCCCGCGCCCAGAUGUUCCGCCUCCAUCUUGGCAACACGCCGCACAGCCUGAGCGAAGCCGACCUGCGGGAGCUGGCGCGCAAAACGGACGGCUACUCGGGCGCCGACAUCAGCAUCAUCGUCCGGGACGCUCUCAUGCAGCCGGUCAGGAAGGUCCAGUCGGCCACUCACUUCAAAAAGGUCCGCGGUCCGUCCCGAAGCAACAACCAGGUGAUGGUGGACGACCUCUUGACCCCGUGUUCCCCAGGAGACCCAGCAGCCAUAGAGAUGACCUGGAUGGAUGUGCCUAGUGAUAAGCUACUGGAGCCCAUAGUUUGCAUGUCGGACAUGUUGCGCUCUCUGUCCACCACGCGUCCGACGGUCAACACCGAAGACCUGCUGAAGGUGAAGAAGUUCACAGAGGACUUCGGGAUGGAGGGAUGAGGCAGCCGAAGGACUCGGCCCCGCUCCCAGUAACGACACUCCUCUUCCUCACCCUCCUCACCGCUAUGUAGGCUUUCAUCUCUCAGCCGGGCGCUUGGUUUUUUUCUUGUCUCUCGUGGAUGUAGAACAACAAACGACUGCUGUGACAUCUUCCCAAUCCCACGUCUGUUAAUCCAGACCAGGGUUUUUUUUUUUUUUUUUUUUUUUUUUAGAACAUCUAAAGGACGUUUACCAAAUGCCACAUUAGAAACAUCUGCGUGUGAUUUCUGUAGUUUGGACAGUAGGUCUCAUGUCUGUCGCCCCCAUUUCUGAUGACGAAACCCCCGCAAGAAUCUUCACUACAUGAACUCGACUGAAUUUUAGGCGAGGAAAACUCUGCGACUGAAGGCCUGGAGGUUUUGUUGCCGCCCGUGCACUUUGCUUUGGACCUGCAUGAAGGACCCUGAUGACUGAAGGUGAAGCCGAAGUUCUAGUUUCCACCAGGCGUGUGAAUGCAUCUCAGUGUUUUUUAUUAUUAAGCUUGUGUGUCUUAAUGUUUAUGUUGUUCUCUUAUUUAAUGUGGAGAUAAAUGAAAACGUGUCUGGAUCGGGACCCGGAGUGUUUCACAAACACGCGCAGAUGUUCCCGACUGCUCUAGUUUUAAUUAUUCCUAAUUCUAGGAGGAAAAGCCGGAACAUUUUCUGGUUUUCUUCGUGCUGUAACAGAUCAAGAUAUUCAAACGCUACAUUUAGAAAGACGUUCCUUAGUAUUAUCGUUGUUGAUGGAGUAAUCCACAGAAGUAAACUUAUGCAGAUUGAACAGAUAUUUUUAAAAAGUCACUUUUCUGAAAAUAGUUUUUCCCCCGUAUUCUCAUUUAACUUUACAAACAUCAGAAAAGAACAAAUCACUCUGAAAUUUUGGGUUUUGCCUGCAAAUUUUCCUCAUUUAUAAGCUUAUUUGAAUUAAAGAUGCACCGAUCCGACUUUUUCUGGCCGGUACCGAUUUCCGAUUUUUCUUUGAGGUCUGACGCCGAUUAUUUUAAGGACUAUAAAACAUAACGUCCAGCAGGAACAACAAUCGGGGCAGUCGUUUUGAAUCACGGCUUGACGAUAUCGUAAUAAUAAGUAAUCGCAUUACCAUUUCUAAGAUUGCGAUAUCGUUCCCAAUUAACCGAGAUUUUACCUUUUUUAAACACUGUCCUCAUCACUCUGCGUUAGUUUUAUUGUCUUAGCUGGCGGCCAUUAACGCAGUGUCCAUCCAAUUAACCAAAUAUGGUAUUGAUAUACACAAAAUGAAAGCCGCAGACUUUAAAUAUAAGAUCCUAUCGAAAAAAUACUUUUUUUUUUUUUUUUGACUGAGAUAUUAUUCAAACUUCUGCUGCGAUGAUUUGACAUAUUAUGCAGCUCUGCUUUGAAUCCUGUGAAGGAUUUGCCAGAAUUUAUGCAGCUUCAUCUGAUUUUUAUUGAUCUUAGAAAUGUGUGUCAAUCCCCAGGCUGAUCAUAGAGGGAGCACUUACUUUUUAAACAUGGAGAAUGUUUAAAAAGUAUUUCCUCCCUUCUCCCUAAAUGGAGAAGGGAGGAAAUAAAAAUCUGAUUAUUCAGGAUUUGAGCCAGCAACCAGCGCAGAUCGACGAAAAAAAUCGGCAGAUUACCGAUCCGUUUCAGGUCGCUUGGUGCAUUUUGAGAUUAACCAUAAAAAUAAUCUAAUUUUGAAACGCAAAAAAAAAAAAAAGAUUUCCACAGGCCAAUUUAAAAAGUAGUGAAUGGAAAGGAAAACUUUAACUUUUAAAUCCUUUGAAGUAGUCAUGAGAUUUAGUUACUGUUCGGGAAUUUGGGCGUCAAAAUAUUCCUAAAAUUAUUGUUUGGGAAUAUUUGCAGACAAUUCCCUUUGAAAUGGGAAUAAAAUCCUUUAAUUUGUUUCAUCGGCUCCAAAACAAACACAGGAUUCCUCUGAGGCAACAAUAAGGCGUCGAUCUUCCUUUUAAAAGUUCUCGACAUUAAAACCUCAGUCUGGCACGUCUCUUAGUCCCAUCCUAUGCGUAAUCCGCUCAGAUUAAGACCCAUUUACACUUGAAGUAUUACCUUUGCUGAUUGAGCACCAGUGAAAGGAUCGUUUUUGUUUUGCUUUUUGGGUUUUUUUUGGGAGAGAAACCCCAAACCGCAGCCUUCCCUUCAGACGCUGUUGCCUAGUUUUUGUCUUCAGCCGUCUGAUUGUAAGGCGAGCCGCCGGACGCCGGAGGCUUUGUGCGGCUGACUCUGUGAUUUAAUAACUCAGCGCUACAGUAGUGCAGCUCUGUGUUUGUCCAGGUACCCUCUGGUUCAGUGGGAGCUUAGUCCAAGUCCCUGUGUGGGGAUGUAACCUGCUGCUGGCUAUGUAACCAUUACUACUAAUUUACCCGGAGUUAAUAAAAACUGACAUUUCAAGUGAA